AUGGCGUGGCAACCACAGGAAGAGCCUCUACGGCAACUGACUCAGUGCCUGAGCGACUCGCUCAGCGGCCACGAUGCAAACGCGCGAAAGAAUGCUGGCGAGAUGCUCAAGUCUGCGCAAUCUUCGCCCGACAUCGACAAAUAUCUAGCCUAUGUGUUUUCAAACAACCAGCCCCCAGCCGGCGUCAACAUGGAUGCCACGCAAUACUUCCAGGCGCGAGCUGCGGCCGCCGUCAUGCUCAAGAACGACGUCAAGACGGCCUACAAAGCCAUGCCCGAAUCGACCAAAGACUACAUACGUUCGAUAAUUCUCGUCGGUCUGCAAGAUCCCGCAGCACAAAUACGGGCCUAUGCGGGAAACGUCAUAACAGAAAUCGUGCGCCAGGGAGGUAUCAUGGGAUGGCCGCAGAUUCUCUCGGACCUGGUCAGCAUGGUCAGCAACGCCGACGGCAAUGUCUCGAACCAAGCGCAAGAAGGCGCAAUGGGUGCGUUGCUGAAGAUUUGCGAAGAUAACAGGAAGGCUCUCGACAAGCAAUACCAGGGUCAGAAGCCUCUCGACUUUGUAUUCCCAAAACUCCUCGAGCUCACCACCAGCUCUCAGCCUCGGGUGCGCGCCGACGCGUUAGCUGCUAUCAACGUAUUUGUCCCUGAAAAGCCACCCAGCGUCAUCUCUCACAUUGACACGCUGCUGCAACAAUUGUUCCAGCUGGCCAGCGACUCUAGUGAAGAGGUGCGCAAGCACGUAUGCCGAACAUUUGUUCACAUUGCCGACAUUGCCCCUCACAAGAUUACGCCGCAUAUGGACGGUCUGGUCGAAUUCAUGGUCACGCAGCAACGGACACCAAACAACCCAGACUUGGCUCUAGACGCUGCCGAGUUCUGGCUGUGUGCCAGUGAAGACGAGAAGAUGCGAGAUCAUCUUGGCCCAUACCUGGCCAAGAUAAUACCCGUCCUGCUUGCGAGCAUGGUGUACAGUGAAGAUGACAUUUUGCGUCUUGAAGGCGAAGAGGAAGACUACGAGGUCGAGGACCGAGAACAGGAUAUCAAGCCGACUUUUGCCUCGAGUAAGGCUGGACGACUUGCUACCAACGCGAACGGCGAAACGGUUCCAGCUGGAAAUGGAGCAUCAGGAGCCUCAGCUGAUGACAACGACGAUCUCAGCGAGGGUGAAAUCGACGACUUUGACGACGAUGACGAUGACGAGUUCGGAGACCCAGAGGAGCAGUGGAACCUCCGCAAAUGCUCUGCUGCCGCUCUCGACGUGCUCGCGUCCGUGUUUCACGAAGCUGUGUUCCAAGCAACACUUCCUUACUUGACAGAUAAUCUUAAUCAUGCCGAGUGGCCCAACCGUGAAUCGGCAGUGCUUGCUCUUGGCGCUAUUGCGGACGGAUGCAUGACGGUGGUUGAACCCCAUCUUCCCAUGCUCACCCCGUUUCUUAUCACUCUACUAGGCGACCCCAAGCCUGUUGUCCGCCAGAUCACAUGCUGGACACUUGGACGUUACUCGGGAUGGGCUUCGCACCUGGACACGACCGGCAAGAAACAGUUCUUCGAGCCGGUCAUGGAGGGCAUUCUGAUGAAGAUGCUUGAUAGGAACAAGCGUGUGCAGGAAGCCGCGGCAUCUGCCUUUGCCAACCUGGAAGAAAAGGCAAACACGGAGCUUGCACCAUACUGCCCUGUCAUUGUCCGACAGUUCGUCCAGUGCUUCUCCAUGUACAAGGACAGGAACAUGUUCAUUCUCUACGACUGCGUGCAGACGCUAGCCGAACACGUCGGACCGGAACUGGCCAAAGACGAGCUUGUCCAACUGCUUAUGCCUGCUCUCAUUCAGCGCUGGAACAAGGUGUCUGAUCACUCGAGGGAGAUGUUCCCGCUGUUGGAGUGUCUUUCGUACGUUGCUACCGCUCUUGGGCCCAAAUUUGCGCCAUAUGCCGCAGGUAUAUUUGCUAGGUGCAUCAAGAUUAUUCACCGCAACCUCGAAGAAGGUGUGAUGGCUUCGGAGAUCAAUGGGUUUGAGCCCCCAGACAAGGAUUUCCUGGUGACAAGUCUUGACUUGCUCAGCGCUAUCAUUCAAGCCUUGGACCUCCAGGACAGCGCGACACUGGUCACACAAGCGCCGACCUUUUUCCAACUGCUGGCUGUCUGCAUGAGGGACCCCAAUAACGAUGUGCGACAGUCGGCGUAUGCUCUUCUUGGAGACUGUGCCAUUUAUGUGUUCCAACAGCUUCAGCCGUGUCUGCCUGAUAUCCUGGACAUUCUCAUUUCGCAGCUCGAAGUCUCUCAAGUGGACUCUGAUGGCCUGGAGACCGGUUAUUCCGUUAUUAACAAUGCCUGCUGGUCUGUGGGCGAGAUUGCCAUGUGUCACAAGGAAGGCAUGCAGCCCUAUGUGGAGAAAUUACUGCAGAAACUGGGCACCAUUUUGUUUGACCAACGGGCUCCUGAGUCGCUGAACGAGAAUGCAGCCAUUGCUCUGGGCCGUCUAGGUCUUGGAUGCGGACCCUCGCUGGCUGUGCAUCUUGCGCAGAUUGCUCCCGCAUUCAUCCGAGCCAUCAAGAAAGUACAGUGGACAGACGAGAAGUGCCACGCUCUGACUGGAUUCAUGCUGAUUGUUCUGGCCAACCCUGGUGCCAUGGAGCAAUCGUUGCUCGAGUUCUUUAGCGACAUGUCAACGGCUGACCGUAACGUGGUUCGAGGCCCUGCAGGACGGCAGGUCCAAGAGACGUUCCAAAAGGUGAUUCAGCAGUACAAAGGCAUGAUCUCCAACUUUGAUGCUUUCAUCGGAGGACUUCCUGCCGAGCAACAGGCUCGAUUCCGGGAGCUAUACAGUGUGUAA